CAUCAUAAACAUAUCAACAAGAAGAAGAUAGAAAUCCCCUCUCUCUCUUUGUGUCUUCGUUCUUUCUUUUCAGCUGAAGAUCUUCCUUGCUUUCGGUGCGUCCAAAAGCAAAUUCAAAAGCUGAAAGUUUCAGUCACUUCUCUCUCUCUCUCCUCUGUAUUUUCAGUGUCCUUUUAUUUUUACCUCUGUAAUCUCUGUCACUAAACCCACCCCAAAUCCCCCACUUAUUUACGUUCUUUUUCGCUUCGUUAAAUCAUCCUUUUCCUUUUCUCCCACCCUUUUUUCUGGUUCUCUCACGAAGUAAACCUCCUUCUUAAGUUGUUGUUUUUUUUUUCCUCGAACAUCCAUUUUUGGUUGCUUCUUCCACAAGAUCUUAUCCAAUUCUGCUUACAAAUUAAGCUGUUAGAAGAACAAAAGAAAAGAAAAAAAUUCCCAGAAUUUUAUGGCCGAAAACGGUUUCUCUGGCUUCAAAUAUAGGUUCGAGGCUUUGUAGAUUUCAGCUCGAGGAAAAUCAAGGGAAAGGAAAAGAGAAAUAAUCUUUUUGUUAAUGGAUUCAAAUACGAGUCAGAUUCAUGGCUAUAAUCAGCAAACGAAUUCAGGUUUACUGCGAUUCCGGUCGGCUCCGAGCUCGCUGCUGGCGAAUUCUUGCGAAUCGGAGAGGCUUUUUUCGCGGUUCGUGGAUUACAGAAACGACGACUCGGAGUGUCUGAGUGACGACAAUAAGUCGGCGGUGAUGAGUAUGAGCGGCGGCCAAAGGAGUUGUUCUUCUUCUGGGUUGGGGUUGCCUCCUCAUUAUCCUCGCCAGAGCUCCAAUUCGGUGGAAAACCAAAACGGGUCGUCAUUUGGGUUGGUGGUCAAUUCCCAAUCUAGCCUUAUCCGGCAAAGUAGCUCUCCUGCUGGACUUUUCUCCCAAAUCUCUGCCCCUAAUGGCUAUGCAGCCAUAAAGGGUGCCAAUUAUGGUGGACUGGAUGGAGAAGUAAGUCCAUCUACAAACAGAUUGAAGACUCAGAUUAGUUUCUCAUCAAGACUCCCUUCUUCUUUGGGGGUGUUAUCGCAGAUUUCGGAGGUUGGGAGUGAGAAUCUCGGGGCAAGUACCCUUGACGAAGAGAAGCUCGGAAAUGGAAAUGGCGAUGCUCGGUUUUAUGGCACCGGAUUUCCAUUUGGUUCUUGGAACGAGACCUUGAAUUUCACGGACGGCUUUAGUGGCUUAAGAAGAGACCAAGAGAAUAACAGAAAGUUGUGUUCUAGUACUCAGAAUGAAGAUCUUGGAAAUCGAAUUCCUCUAUUGUCCCACCACUUGAGCUUGCCAAAGAAUUCAGCAGAAGUUGCCAUAGAGAAGUUCCUUCAUUUCCAAGAUUCUGUUCCUUGCAAAGUUAGAGCCAAGCGUGGUUGCGCCACUCAUCCUCGAAGCAUUGCAGAAAGGGUGAGAAGAACCCGCAUCAGCGAACGAAUGAGGAAACUGCAAGAACUUGUCCCAAACAUGGACAAGCAAACGAACACGGCGGACAUGUUGGACUUGGCUGUUGAGUAUAUUAAAGACCUUCAAAAACAGUUCAAGACUCUCAGCAAUAAUCGAGCAAACUGCAAGUGUUUAAGUAUGCAGAAGCCAAUCCCAAAUCAAGUUGUGUGAUUUGCUUCCAUAAAGAAGAUAAAGAAUCAGAUGAGUAGUGGAUAGAAACCAGAUUUUCCUUUCUAUUGUGUUCUAAACAUUUAGUAGGAAGUAACAGAAAUGUUACCCUUAAGCUGUUUUGAAGUAGAAGUUUAAAAGAUUUUCCAUUACACCAUCCAAGUCCUGUAAGCUCUAACAAGUGUUGUAUUACAUGAAAUAUGAAAUAAUGGUUCUUUAAAAGAAGAAGAAAAUUCCUAUAGGGGAGAUCCUAAU